AUACCGACUUAAUGAUCCCCCCAAAGUUCUCUUCUCAAUACUACCCUUAUAUAUUUAUUUUCUGAAUGGGUUCUGGAUUGAUUACUCUCAUCUUAUGUCCCGUUUCGAUUUUGAGAAAGGGGACAAUAUCACACGCUGUACUUGAAAACAAUGAAUCGCUUCCGGAGAUGGGUCUCUCCCCGGGCGGAUUAUGAGCCACUCGAGGAUCCUCCGCAGGACGAUGAAGAUCGCCACUCGAUAUCUUCCCAAACACCACCAGUCUCAAGCUUCUCUAGGUUUGAAUAUGGAGUAUUCUUCCUUCUCGGAGUUUCCAUGCUCUGGGCAUGGAACAUGUUCCUCGCUGCUGCGCCGUAUUUCUAUCACCGCUUCAGCCCGGAUGAGUGGGCGGCGGCCCAUUAUCAGUCCUCUAUCCUCAUUGUGUCAACUAUCACAAACUUAGGCUCCUCGUUCACCAUCGCGAAGCUGCAGAAGCGGAUGUCAUACUCCAAACAGAUUACGGUUUCUCUUCUGAUCAAUAUCGUCAUUUUCACAUUGCUCGCACUAUCAACUGGCCUUCUGAAAAACGCUUCUAUCAGAUUAUAUUUUAGUUUCCUGAUGGUAAUGGUAUUCGGAACUAGCCUGGCGACUGGUAUGAAUCAGAUUGGCGUCUUUGCGUAUGUCUCCGGAUUCGGAAGGCCAGAAUAUACUCAAGCCAUCAUGGCAGGCCAAGGCCUAGCAGGAGUCUUGCCAGGCAUCGUGCAGAUACUCUCCGUUUUAGCAGUGCCAGUUCAAACCGGGGAGCAAAAAACCCCUCAAGAAUCAUCAAAGUCGGCAUUCUUAUAUUUUAUCACUUCCACUUUUGUAUCAUUAUCGGCAUUGAUUGCCUUCGGUUCCCUCAAUAAGCAGCGGUCAAAUACUAUGACCGAUUUUACGGGAGCCUCGCCUGACACUGCUUCCGAUCACACGAACGGCACGAACGGCAAAACCGUCAGCCUCUGGAGUCUCUUCAAGAGACUCCGUUUGAUGGCUCUUGCACUUUUCCUCUGUUUCGCAGUGACUAUGAUGUUUCCUGUCUUCACAGCGGAAAUUGAGUCAGUUCGGGAUUCUCGAGGUAGUUCCCGUUUGUUUCAGCCUGCUGUUUUCAUCCCGUUGGCGUUCUUCUUUUGGAACGCAGGCGACCUCGCCGGAAGGAUGUUGGUACUUAUCCCCCGGCUCUCACUAACCCACCGGCCUUUGGCUUUGUUCAUCUUUGCAAUUGCUCGCAUUGGCUUCCUCCCUCUCUAUCUCCUAUGUAACAUACGCGGUCGGGAGGCCGUGGUGAAGAGCGAUUUCUUCUAUCUAUUCAUUGUGCAGUUGCUUUUCGGUAUCAGUAAUGGCUAUCUGGGAAGCAGCUGUAUGAUGGGCGCUGGUCAAUGGGUCCCUGAUGAUGAGCGUGAGCCGGCUGGUGGAUUCAUGAGCUUAAUGCUGGUAGCGGGUUUAACUGCAGGCAGCCUGAUGAGCUUCUUUCUUUCCAGUGUAUGACGUUGAGCACUUGUAUCCUGAUUCUGUAUAGUCGUUCAUGUUUCAAUUAGUAGCCAACACAUAGAUAUAUAGAACGUAAUGGUCCUUAGAACUGAAAUUAUAGAAAAUUUU